AUUCAGAGCAGGGAAGAGGGAGAGCACCGAGCUUUGAUAAGCCACACUGCCAGAGCCGUGUUGAGCCACAGAGAGCAGCUGCGCCACGGUGAGGCAGGCCACGGCACCGGGUGAAUGCGGUCCUACGCUCGGGACUCUGCCGCAGACUCUUCCCCUCCAUUUUUGGACGCAAAAAAGCGGACCAUUAACGCCUUUUUCUCUUUGAAAUCCAGCGGGUGGCAGAGGGACGUAUAUUUGUCUGUAGGUUGUAUUCAUCGAAAGCAGGUUGAGUGAAUGCACAGCCCUCAGUUGGCAAACUCUGAAACCCCAUACAGUAUUGAUUGAUUUAAGACAGCGGAGGUUGUUGGUUUUUGGAUAACGUUGUGUGGGAAGCAGCCGUCUGCCCGUUCGCCAUGGAGAACGCACACACGAAGAGUGUGGAAGAAGUUUACAGUUAUUUCUGCGUCAAUGAAAGCACAGGACUUUCUCUGGAGGAGGUGAAGCGACAAAAGGAGAAAUGGGGCCUGAAUGAAUUACCGGCAGAAGAGGGGAAAUCUUUAUGGGAGCUCGUCCUUGAACAGUUUGAAGACUUGCUUGUACGGAUUCUGCUAUUGGCUGCUUGCAUAUCUUUUGUUUUAGCCUGGUUCGAGGAGGGAGAAGAAACCAUCACAGCAUUUGUGGAGCCUUUUGUAAUUUUACUCAUUCUAAUAGCUAAUGCCAUCGUUGGUGUAUGGCAGGAACGUAAUGCUGAGGAUGCCAUUGAAGCACUAAAGGAAUACGAGCCAGAGAUGGGUAAAGUCUAUCGUCAGGACAGGAAGACAGUGCAGCGAAUCAAAGCCAGAGACAUUGUACCUGGAGACAUCGUGGAGGUGGCUGUUGGGGACAAGGUGCCUGCUGAUAUCCGGAUCUGCUCUAUCAAGUCCACCACUCUGAGGGUCGACCAAUCCAUUUUAACUGGAGAGUCUGUGUCUGUGAUCAAACACACAGAUCCUGUACCUGAUCCUCGGGCCGUCAAUCAGGACAAGAAGAAUAUGCUGUUUUCUGGCACAAACAUCGCUGCUGGCAAAGCCGUGGGCGUCGUCGUGGCUACAGGUGUGAACACUGAGAUCGGGAAGAUUCGUGACGAGAUGGUCGCCACGGAGCAGGACAAAACACCUCUGCAGCAGAAACUGGACGAGUUUGGGCAGCAGCUGUCCAAAGUCAUCUCUGUCAUCUGCAUCGCCGUGUGGAUCAUCAACAUUGGACACUUCAACGACCCUGUGCAUGGGGGGUCCUGGAUCCGGGGGGCGGUAUACUACUUUAAAAUCGCCGUGGCUCUGGCUGUGGCUGCUAUCCCGGAGGGGCUGCCCGCUGUCAUCACCACCUGCCUGGCUCUGGGGACACGCCGUAUGGCAAAGAAAAAUGCCAUCGUCAGAAGCUUGCCCUCCGUGGAGACCCUUGGCUGUACCUCUGUCAUCUGUUCUGACAAGACGGGGACACUGACCACCAACCAGAUGUCCGUGUGCAGAAUGUUCAUCCUGAACAAAGCUGAAGGGGACAGCUGCUCCCUGAGUGAGUUCACAGUCACAGGGUCGACCUACGCUCCAGAGGGAGAAGUUUAUCAAGAUGGUAAACAAGUAAAAUCCUCCCAGUUUGAUGGUCUGGUUGAGUUGGCGACAAUCUGUGCUCUCUGCAACGACUCAUCUUUGGAUUUCAAUGAGGUGAAAGGAGUGUAUGAGAAGGUUGGCGAAGCCACAGAGACGGCCCUGACUUGUCUGGUGGAGAAAAUGAACGUGUUUGACACUGAAGUGCACAGCCUGUCCAAGAUUGACCGCGCCAACGCCUGCAACUCUGUCAUCAAGCAGCUAAUGAAGAAGGAGUUCACACUGGAGUUUUCUCGAGACCGAAAGUCCAUGUCAGUGUACUGCACCCCCAACAAGUCCCGCUCGUCUGUGGGCAAGAUGUUUGUCAAGGGGGCCCCAGAGGGAGUGAUAGACAGGUGCACCCACGUCAGAGUGGGCAACAACAAAGUUCCUCUGACCAAAGGCAUCAAAGAGAAGAUCCUGUCUGUGAUCCGUGAGUAUGGAACAGGCCGAGACACACUGCGCUGCCUUGCCCUGGCCACAAGAGACACUCCCCCAAAGAUGGACGACAUGAUUCUAGCUGAUACUGCCAAGUUCUCAGACUACGAGUCCGACCUGACGUUUGUGGGCUGCGUGGGGAUGUUGGACCCUCCCCGACAGGAGGUGGCGGCCUCUAUCACACUGUGUCGCCAGGCCGGCAUCCGAGUCAUCAUGAUCACCGGGGACAACAAGGGCACAGCAGUGGCCAUCUGCCGCAGGAUCGGUAUCCUGACAGAGGAGGAUGAUGUGGAGAAAAUGGCCUUCACCGGGCGAGAGUUUGAUGAGCUUUCUCCAACCGCUCAGAGGGAGGCUGUGACCCGCGCCCGCUGCUUCGCCCGAGUCGAGCCCUCACACAAGUCUAAGAUUGUGGAGUAUCUGCAGGGCUUUGAUGAGAUCACAGCCAUGACAGGAGAUGGUGUGAAUGACGCUCCAGCCCUGAAGAAGGCAGAGAUCGGUAUCGCCAUGGGCUCUGGGACGGCUGUGGCCAAAUCUGCCUCUGAGAUGGUUCUCGCUGACGACAACUUCUCCUCCAUUGUGGCCGCAGUCGAAGAGGGAAGAGCCAUUUACAACAACAUGAAGCAGUUCAUCAGAUACCUCAUCUCCUCCAAUGUGGGGGAGGUCGUCUGUAUCUUCCUGACGGCAGCACUUGGUUUCCCGGAGGCCCUGAUCCCAGUCCAGUUAUUAUGGGUCAAUCUGGUCACAGACGGACUUCCUGCCACAGCUUUGGGCUUUAACCCCCCAGACCUUGACAUCAUGGAGAAGCCCCCACGAAACGCCAAGGAGCCUCUCAUCUCUGGCUGGCUCUUCUUCAGAUACCUUGCCAUAGGAGGUUAUGUGGGAGCUGCCACAGUGGGAGCUGCUGCAUGGUGGUUCAUUCUUUCAGACGACGGACCUCAAGUUACUCUGUACCAACUGAGCCACUUCCUGCAGUGUGACCCUGACAGUCCAGAGUUCGAGGGUUUGGACUGUCACGUGUUUGAGUCUCCGUAUCCCAUGACGAUGGCUCUGUCUGUGCUGGUCACUAUUGAGAUGUGCAACGCCCUCAACAGUCUGUCAGAGAACCAAUCCCUGCUGCGGAUGCCUCCCUGGGAGAACAUCUGGUUGCUGGGAGCCAUCUGUCUCUCCAUGUCUCUGCACUUCCUCAUCCUCUACGUUGAGCCUCUGCCGGUCAUUUUUCAGAUCACUCCUCUGGACUCGACCCAGUGGCUGAUGGUGCUAAAGAUCUCCAUGCCUGUGAUCCUGCUGGACGAGCUGCUCAAGUUCAUGGCCCGAAACUACCUGGAGCUGGGUAAACACCUGGAGAGAGUGCCCCCUAAAGGCUGCUCUUUGUCCCACUGCACCAACGGCAUCUCUUGGCCCUUUGUGGCUCUUUCGCUGCCCCUGGUGCUUUGGGUCUACCUCCCUGAAAACACUAACCUAGCCUCCCUCUGGCGUUGAAGUCUUCACCUCCCCCUCCCACCAUGAGCACCGUGUGGAGUGGACAUUAACACAAACAACUAACUUUAAUCAUGGGGAAGUGCACAUUUGGCUUUGUAAAGUUUAGGACCAUUACAGUACAUGUUGAGAUAGGGUAAGGGACAAAGACUGAUUUUACAUGAUUUUAUUUACAUUUCUCUAUACUCCUGUUUUGAGCAGAUAGACUAUAACAAUCCACUAAUUUAUCUAAUUUAUAAUGAUAAUUUGGCUUUGUAAGACAUCAGUCUAUUUGAAUUUGAAUGUGCGUGGAAAGGGACUGAAGAAAAAUGGUAGGAUGUCCCUAUGUUUUUAUUUGUUUCUUUUUGGUCCUAUUUAAGCAGAUAGACGUAACCACAGAUAGAUAUAAGAGAUGUACAGAGAAUUUACAAAGCUAUUUUAUAAUGAUGAAUAUUUUGUAAUUUUGGGGGCGGGGCAUGGGGACGAGAAUGUAGUGCGUUUUGGAGAGAUGUAUUUCAGGGGAGCAUAGAUUUCAAGUGACUGGUCUGUUUUUAAAGUCAGUUUCAAAGUCAAAAAAUUUCCAUCACAAAUUGUUAUUUAAAAAAGGUAUUUUAAAAUUCUCAUUGCAGACUUUACAAAGUAAUAUCAAAUUUGGAUAGGUAACCAAAUUUGAGGCUAAAAAUAUCUGAGUAGAAAAACAUUUGUUUGGAUUUAGGCCUACCAUUUAAAGUUAAAAAUAAUAAUAAUAAUUUAACAUACAAAUUUGAUGUAGAUCCAUUUUAUAUAUCUUAUGUUAUAUGUAACACAAGUGAAGAGAAAAUGCAGAAAAGCAACAAAAUAAAUGUGAUCACUAAAUAGAGAUGGCCAUUAUAAGAUUUGGCUAUAAUAUUGUGGUUGUCAAUCAUUCUCUAUUCUAGUCCUAUAUUUAGUUUUAACCUGUGGUGGGUGAAGUACUCAAUUUUGAUACUUAAGUAAAAGUACAGAUACAGGGCAAAAAGAUUAAUCAAGUAAAAGUAAAAGUAUCACAUGAAAAAAAUCUACUGUUUAAAAAUGUACUUAGAGAGUAAAAAGUAAAAGAGAUUUUUAGAACAAUUAAAGAAUGAAAUGUAAUGAUUUAGAAAAAGAAUUUGGCCGAUUUUAAGUGAUUCAAUUGUUUUGUUAUUUUUUUCUAGCUGUUUUUGAGUAUUUGUUUAUUUGGUUUGCUCACAGCUGGGACAUUAACUCAAAUGAAAUGUGCUAAAAAUCUCAGCCCUUUCAGCAGGUCAGACAGUACAGACACCUGCUCUCAAAUGUAGUGAAGUAAAAGUAAAAGGUAUUCACUGUAAAAUAUACUGAUGGUUGCCUGUUUGUUUCUAUGGAUAUGUCAAUGCUCUGCCUGGAAUGGUCCACAAUAACGGCUCUACCUGACAUUUAUUAAAUUACAGGUGGAUUUAUAGCUCAGAAAUACAGGCAUUUUAACUGUGAGUGGGGUCGCCUCUCUACAGAUCUGACCUGUAACUUGGUCUGGUUUGGUCUCCAAGAAGAUGGAAAGGUUAAAUGCCAUACUGUGAAACAUUCUAGACAAAGCAAUAACAUCUCCAUGGAGAAAAGCAUCUGACGGACCCUCCACCACAAAAGUUACUCAAUGUACCUUUAAGUAAAGUACAGAUACCUAAAAUUCCACCACUGGUUUUAACAGCAGACGACACAGACCAGUGACUUGAAGUGUAUUUGGCUGUACAUUCUCCAUGCAUCUGUCUUCUUUUCUGCUUUAGGCAGAGCACAGCUACCUCAGCGCUGUUACCACCAUCACCAUCGUCUUAAUAGUACAAUUUCAUAUCUUUAGGGACAUACCAACCAGAAAUCAAUCGUAUAUUUAAUUCCUCAUGAUAUUUUAAAAGACAUUUUAACCCGAUAAUUGCGUUAAGUUAUUUACAACAGUAAUGAAAUAACAAUUAAGUGUGAUUUAUACUGAGCUAAUUUCAUUUUGUACUUGAAGGGGCAGUGCAUUAUUUUGUAAAAAGGAGUCAAAGCAUCUUGGUUUGGAGCAAUAACACAUAUAUUUAUUAUAUUUAUGCUCUGAACAAACUUAACUGUGAAAUAUCUUUAUAAUAAAGUAGACGUCAAAGUGAUAGAUGUUGAGUGAAAGUGUUUUUAUAUUCGUUUUACAUAAUAUAGUUUAAUAUGUGUGUUAUUGCACCAUGUAUGUACUUCCUCAAAAUAAGAAAUUGUGACUAUGAUAGAGUUGUACGAUUAUUAAAAAGGCCCCUUCUAAACACUGUACUGCCCCUUUAAGAUUCAUAUUGUUAUUUAUUUCGACUGUGUCUUGUGGUUGGUUCGGGCAAAAGGACCCAUGUGUUACCAUUUUAAGUAAACAUAUUUUUUCAAUACA